CGGGGCAGUGCCAGGUGAGCGCUCAGGUAUGUGGAGGCGGGCCGCCCCGAGGGAGGAGGAAGGAGGAGCCCUCGGUGUGGCAGGGAGAGCAGAGCAGGCCUGGCUUCCGAGGGAGCCUGACGGGGCAGGGCACCUCCAGGUGGCAAGAGCUGCCCACCCGGCACCAUGAGCACCAGCAUUGGCCCAGAAGCUGCCCCCAAACCGAGUGCCAAGUCCAUUUAUGAGCAGCGGAAGCGGUACUCCACGGUGGUGAUGGCGGAUGUGUCCCAGUAUCCCGUCAAUCACUUGGUGACGUUCUGCCUGGGCGAGGAGGAUGGCGUGCACACGGUGGAGGACGCCUCGAGGAAGCUGGCCGUCAUGGACAGCCAGGGCCGCGUCUGGGCCCAGGAGAUGCUGCUGCGCGUGUCUCCCGACCACGUCACGCUGCUCGACCACGUCUCCAAGGAGGAGCUGGAGUCGUACCCGCUGAGCGCCAUCGUGCGCUGUGACGCGGUGAUGCCGCCGGGCCGGAGCCGCUCGCUGCUGCUGCUGGUGUGCCAGGAGCCCGAGCGCGCGCAGCCCGACGUGCACUUCUUCCAGGGCCUGCGGCUCGGGGCGGAGCUGAUGCAGGAGGACAUCCAGGGGGCCCUGCACAACUACCGCUCUGGCCACGGGGAUCGAAGGGCGGCGGCGCUCCGGGCCACGCAGGAGGAGCUGCAGCGCCGCCCGGCGCCCGCGGAUGAGACCCCGCCCCUGCAGCGCCGCCCGUCUGUCCGCGCAGUGAUCAGCCCAGCAGAGUGGGCCGCGGCCCGCGAGCGCCCCCAGACGGAGCCCAUCCCCGAGGAGGAAGCGGCGCGGAGGCCGGGCCGGGCGGAGACCCCCAGGAGCGCGGACCCGGCCUCCCCGGACCUGGGCCCCCGCGGCCCGGACCUGGCCAGUCUGCAGGCGGAACGCGACGUGGACAUACUGAACCACGUGUUCGACGACGUGGAGAGCUUCGUGUCGAAGCUGCAGAAAUCCGCGGAGGCGGCCCGAGUGCUGGAGCACAGGGAGCGCGGGCGCAGGACCCGGCGCCGGGAGUCCGGGGAGGGCCUCCUGGCGCUGCGGGCCAAGCCGCCCAGCGAGGCCGAGUACACGGACGUGCUUCAGAAGAUCAAGUACGCCUUCAGCCUCCUGGCGCGGCUGCAGGGCAACAUCGCGAACCCCUCCUCCCCGGAGCUGCUGCACUUCCUGUUCGGACCCCUGCACGUGAUUGUGGAGAUGUCCGGCGGACCCCAGCUGGCGAGCGGCGUGCGGCGGCCGCACCUGACGUCCGAGGCCGUGGCGCUGCUGCGGGAGAAUGUCACCCCGAGUGAAAAUGCGCUCUGGACCUCGCUGGGGGACUCGUGGACCCGCCCGGGGCUGGAGUUGCCCCCGGAGGAGGGACCCCCAUAUAUCCCCGAGUUCUACAGCGGCUGGGAGCCCCCGGCCGCCGACCCGCAGGGCCGCCCCUGGGAGGACCCAGUAGAAAAACAGCUGCAGCACGAGCGGCGGCGCAGGCAGCAAAGCGCCCCCCAGAUCGCUGUCAACGGCUCACACCGACAUCCUACAGCCCAGAGCAGUGGGGCCGGCUGCCUCCUUUCCCCAACCCUCCCCCUUCUCCUCAGUCACCAAGACCCGGAGUCAGAGCCGGAGCCGGAGCCGGAACCGGAGCCGGAGCCAGCAGGGAAGUGGGUCCUGUGUAAUUAUGACUUCCAGGCCCGCAACAGCAGCGAGCUCUCGGUCAAGCAUCGGGAUGUGUUGGAGGUCCUGGAUGACCAGCGCAAGUGGUGGAAGGUUCGGGACCAGCGGGGGCAGGAGGGAUACGUGCCCUAUAAUAUCCUGACACCCCACCCGGGGCCCCAGGGGAGCCGCAGCCCAAGCCCUGCCCGCGUUCUGGAGAAUAGCACCCCCCCGCCCCCGCCGACCUCGGCCCCGGCCCCGGUCCCCGCCCCUGCGCGGCCCCACUGGGACAGCUGCGACAGCCUCAACCACCUGGACGCGGGCGAGAAGGAGAAAUUCUGCCAGAUGCUCAGUGUCAACGAGGAGCUGCAGGCGCGCCUGGCGCAGGGCCGCUCGGGCCCCAGCCGCACGGCCACGGGGCCCCGCGCCCCCGAGCCGCAGCUGCACCCGCGCUCCGACGCCUCGGAGGUCCGCGCCUGGCUGCAGGCCAAGGGCUUCGGCGCCGGGACGGUGGAUGCGCUGGGAGUGCUGACCGGCGCGCAGAUCUUCUCGCUGCAGAAGGAGGAGUUCCGCGCGGUGAGCCCCGAGGAGGGCGCCCGCGUGUACAGCCAGGUCACCGUGCAGCGCGCGCUGCUGGAGGACAAAGAGAACGUGUCAGAGCUGGAGGCCGUGAUGGAGAAGCAAAAGAAGAAGGUGGAAGGCGAGUUGGAAACCGAGGUCAUUUGACUCUCCCCGGACCUCCGGGAACGGUGUCCGGGCGGCGGGUUUCCCCGCGCCCCGUGGGAGAAUGGACUCUGCAUGCAGACCCCCCGCCAAGGGAACCAGACCCCUGGACGGAUCGCGGACCUGUUCCGACCCUGCUCUUUCCAAUCCCCGUGGAUAAAACGGACCAUCCUUGCUGGACAGUCCUGGGAGAGAACGGGCCGGAGCGGGAGGGGCAGGGGAAAGACCGCGCAGGGACCGCGCUCGUGGCGCGCUCGGGAGCCCUGCUCCUUGCCAUGUGCUGCCCAGUCUAUAAACAGCCUCUUCUUCA